AUGGCUGGGACUUCUCCGCGCCCCGCUGGGACGCCCCGGCAGUUUGUCGCGGCGCUCGCCUACGUGCUCCUGAGCUGCCCAGUGCUACGGGGACAGGUACCCUCGCCUGGGACUGAACCCCACCCUGCGCUCUACAUGCCCACCUGGGGCGCUCUGGCCCGCGGUAGCCCCGACGGCCCCAGCGUCCUGAUCGCCAACCCGGGACUCCGGGUUCCCGUGGGCCGCUCGCUUUGGCUCGAUCCGCUCCGGGACCUGGUGAUUCGAGUGCAGCCCGGGCACUGGUGCGAGGUGACGGUGCUGGACGCCCUGCCGCUGAGCCACGGUGCGCUCUCCCCCAGCCGCUUCCCCUGCGCCUUCGGGCCCCGCCAGGUCCAGUACACUCACUUCGGCUCCCGAAGCCCGGGACGCGCGCGGGUGCGGCUGCAGCUGCGCUACCACGCCCCGACUUACACGCUGGCACUGCCCUUCACGCUGGCUGUGGACGUGGUCUUCCCGCAGCCGGAGCUGGUGACGCGCAACAGGCCUUUGUUGGUGGAGAAGCCGCGGGGCUGGAGCCAAGCCAUCGACAGGAGAGUGCUGGACUUCGCCUCCCUGGGGAACGGAGCCUCUACCGCCAGCAGGUGCCGGCUCACCCUUUUUCCUCCCCACGGCGGCCCACCGCCCAAGUAUGGGCGUUUGGUGGACGCCAUGGGGGCCCCUCUCCCCAGGGGCGAGAGCGUAGACUGUGAGGCUUUUGUCAGAGCUGGGGUGCGCUACCAGCAUGCCGCCACCACCCCGUCGCCGAAUCGGGACUAUGUGUCCUUGAUGGCGGAGCUGCUAGGGCCACAGGACAGAGGCCCUGGGUCAGAGGAGGUGCUGCUCCGCGAGCACUUCCAGCUGCUGGUGAGCAUCCGCGAUGGAGUAGAGAACACUGCACCUAGGCCCAGUUUUGUGGCCCUGAUGAUGAUGGAGGUCAGUCAGUUCUUGCUAACAGCCCUGACCCCUGACUCGCUGGCUGCGGAGGACACGGAGUCUGACCCUGAUGACCUGGUCUUCAACAUUCUCAGUGCGCCCACAACCACGCCAGGGCACCAGGGAUACCUGGUCAGCACUGACGACCCCCUGGGUCUUCCAGUCUCUUUCUUCACCCAGCGGGAGCUGCGGGAACUGAAAAUUGCCUAUCAGCCCCCGACAGAGAAGUUGGAUUCAGAGCACCUCUUCCAGCUGGAGCUGGAGGUGGUGGACGGAGAUGGCGCCGCCUCAGACCCCUUUGCCUUCAUGGUGAUAAUGAAGCCCAUGAACACCCUGGCCCCAGUGGCUGGAUAUAACCAGGGACUACUGCUAUUUGAAGGUCAGUUACAGCCCCUGUCCAGCACCCACAGCCUUCGGAUCAGUGACAACGAUAACCGAGAGGAGGUGAUAGUAACUGCAGUAAGGGGCUUGAGACACGGGCAGCUGGUGGUGCUUGGGGCACCCGCUGGGCGCGAGCAUUUCACGCCAGAGGACCUGGCAGCAGGGCGAGUGGUGUACCAGCAUGAUGGCAGCAACACCUACAGUGACAAUAUCAUUUUCCGGAUGGAGGAUGGGCACCACCAGGUGGAAUUCCUCUUCCCUGUCACCAUCAUACCUGUUGAUGAUGAACCACCGAAGGUCAAGGCCAACACCGGGCUCUCAGUUACAGAAGGACAGGUGGUCCAGAUUUCCCCCUUUGUCCUGAGUGCUACUGAUAUUGACUCUGAUGACUCAACCAUCCAUUUUGUGCUGCAGGACCAGCCUCUAGAAGACAAAAAGGAAGAAGGAGGGUGGGAUCUGGUCCCUGGUUCCUCUUACUCAGCUCAGCACCUGGGAGAGAUGCUGCUGCGGCAGGCUGAACCACCCCUGACCCCGGAAGAUGAAGAUUGGUAUUAUGUGGAAAAAGAAGGGCUUUAUGAGAAGGUGGUGACUGAGUGGCUUCAGCAAGACAUCAUGGAAGGGAAACUCUUCUACCGCCAUCUUGGACCCCAUAGCCCUCAACCUGUCAUGGUCCAGCUGACUUUCCAUGUACAGGAUGACCAUGACCCACCCAAUCUAUCCAACCAGCACUUCUUCACCAUCAAGGUCCAACCAGUGGAUCUGCAGAGUCCAGAACUAUUUCCAGGAACUACCUUAGAAAUGACCGUGCACCAGUACCAACUCACUCACUUCCAGAAGAAAUUCCUCCAAUAUAUUGACCAGGACUCAGAUGACCAGAACCUGUGGUACACCUUACUGACACCCCCAACUGACACAGAUGACAACCACCGAGUCCGGGCUGGAGAAAUUGUGCUCACUGAUUCGCCAGAUACGCCCAUCAUGCGCUUCACCCAGGCCCAGGUAAAUCUCCAAAAAGUUGCCUACCAGCCCCCACAGAAGAAACUGGGUAUUGUACCACGGGUUGUGCAGUUCACCUACCAAGUGGAGGAUGCUGCAGGCAACAGUGUACCUGGCAUAUUCACAUUAUUCCUGAAGCCUGUGGACAACCAGCCUCCAGAAGUCACCAACAGAGGCUUUACUGUCUUAGAGGGAGGAAAUUUUAUCCUCAGCAGUAAUGAACUGGAUGUCAUAGACCCUGACACAGAUGUUGACCAGAUUGUCUUCAUGUUAGUCUGGGGUCCCCAACAUGGACACCUGCACUACUUAAAUAAACAUAUGGUUCCAGGGGAACUUUUCAUGCAAGCUGACAUUAUUAAUGGGAGUGUCUCUUACCAGCACAGCAGAGACCAGAUUACCAAUGACACCUUCCAUCUGGAGGUAAGUGACAGGGUGCACCACAUACCCAUCACCGUCCAGAUUUCCGUGCAUCCCACUACUGACAAAACUCCCAGGAUCUCUAUUACAGGUAGUCCAUUAUUAGAUGUUUCCUUAGAUGUACUAGAGAGCAGAGUCACUGAGAUCACCAUGGGCAUCAUACAUGGCAAAAAGAAGGGCGCAGGUGACUUGAUGCUGUCUUUCAUUAUGGAGGAUAGCCCAAAAUUGGGUACUCUUCUAGUGAAUGGCUUACCUGCAGAACGAUUCACCCAAGAGGACCUCAUCAGUGGGACAGUAGUCUACGUCCACACUGGGGGUGAAGUUGGUUUCCAGAAACAACAUGAUACCUUCAGCCUCACCCUCUCCAAGGAUUCUUAUCCAUGGGUGGUGGGAGACAGCAUAGUGGAGAGAGUGCAGGUGCAAGUGGUUGUGCUGCCUGUGGACAAUGUGGCACCCACAGUCUUGGUGGGUGAGUUCUAUAUUGUUGAUGAAGGCGGGAAGAGUCCCUUGACCUUACGACAUCUCAAUAUUGAAGAUGUGGACACACCCCAAGAUGAAAUCCUAUGCACAGUUACUGGCCAGCCAGCCUCUGGCUACCUGGAAAACAUUGCACCAGCUCCCGGCUCAAAAGAAUCACAGGCUGGUAGUCCCAUCAGUGCUUUCUCCAUCAGAGAUGUCCAAGCGAGGCAUAUCAAUUAUGUACAGAGUAUUCACAAGGGGCUAGAGCCACAAAAAGAUCAAUUCACCUUUCAUUGUUCUGAUGGCAUCAACUUCUCCCCAGAUGUCUUCUUCCCUAUAAUCAUUUUACCCACCAAUGAUGAGCAGCCUGAAAUUUUUGCCGGUGAGUUUGUGGUAUUAGAGGGGAUGAGCCUGGUCAUAGACACCCCACUGCUCAAUGGAGCAGAUGCUGACUUGCCACCAAAUGAGCUUCACUUUCAGCUCACAGCCCUCCCUCAGCAUGGCCGAAUCGUACAGCAGCUGGCCACAGGCAGCCAGCCCAUCCACAGCUUCACCUUACAGGAGAUCCAGGAGGCCUCCACUAUUGUGUAUGAACAUGAUGACUCUGAAACCACAGAGGAUAGUUUUGAGGUCUGGCUGAGUGAUGGCAAGCACACCACCCACAGGAAGGUACCCAUUAUGGUGAUCCUGGUGGAUGAUGAAACCCCUCGACUGACCACCAAUGAUGGGCUGGAGGUAGAGACUGGACACACCAAGGUCAUCACAAAUUGGGUCCUUAAGGCCACAGAUCUUGACUCCGAUGAAAAGAGCCUCAGUUUUGUUCUCCGUUCAGGGCCUCAACAGGGGCUUCUACAGCGGCUGAGAAAACCCAGAGGGGAAGUGAGAAAUAACCUCACCCUAGGAAUGAACUUCACCCAGGAUGAGAUUGACAGAAGCCUCAUCUGUUACACCCACACAGGCCAAGAUGGAGUCCUUGACAUUAUCAAGUUUGAUGUGACUGAUGGGAUUAACCCUUUGAUAGACCGCUACUUCUACAUCACUAUUGACAGCUUAGACAGGGUCUUCCCUGAGGUGGUUAGCAAAGGGCUUACCCUGACAGAAGGUGGCAGAGUGACCCUUACCACCAAUCUGCUUAGCACCAGUGACAUCAACAGCCCUAAUGAACAGCUUCACUUCAGGAUCACACGGGCUCCUAGCAUGGGACACUUAGAGAGCUCUGACCACCCUGGGAAGCCCAUUGCCUCUUUCACUCAGCUUCAGUUGGCUAGCAACAAAAUAUUCUAUGUCCACACUUCAGAUGAUGAGAUAAAGACAGACAGCUUUGAGUUUCACGUGACUGAUGCACUCAACCCUGUGUUCCAAACCUUCAGGAUCUUCAUCACAGAUGUGGAUGAUAAGAAACCUAUCUUGACCAUCCAUAAACUAAUACUGCAGGAAGGGGAAAGCAAACACAUCACUCCCUUUGAGUUGACAGUGGAAGACAAGGAUACUCCAGAUGAUCUUCUCCUCUUUACUGUCACCCAGCUCCCCAUCCAUGGUAGGAUUUUGUACAAUGGCAGUCAUUCUGUGACCACCUUCACCAAGCGGGACCUGAAUGAUAACCUGAUUAGCUACUGGCACGAUGGCAGUGAGACGACUGAGGACAGUUUCUCCUUGACUGUGACAGAUGGCACUCAUGCUGAUUUCUAUGUCUUCCCAGACACUGUCCUAGAGACACACAAACCUCAGGUAAUGAGGAUCCACAUAAGUUCUCUAGACAACAGGUUCCCCCAGAUUGCCACUAACAGAGGUGCAUCAGCCUUGAAGCGCCUUCACACUGGACACAUGAGCUUCCUGAUUACCAACAGGUCUCUGAGGGCAGAGGAUUGAGAUGGUUUCCAUGGGCUCCUGAAGUAUAAAGUGACCAGAGGACCAGAGCAUGGCUUCAUUAUCAACACUGGCCUUGGAAACCAGAGCACGCAAGUGUUUAUGCAAGCUGACAUUGAUGAAAGGAGGAUCUGUUACGUCUUGAAUGAAGGCAGCAAAGAAACAAAGGAUAUCUUCUACUUCUCUGUUGAAGACAAUGAAGGAAAUAAGCUAACACAUCAGCCUUUCCAUCUGAACUGGGCUUGGAUUUCUUUGGAGAAAGAGUACUACAUUGUGGAUGAAGACUCCACGUUCUUAGAAGUGACCCUCACACGCAGAGGUUAUCUUGAAGAAACAUCUUUUAUCAGCAUUGUAACCAAAGAUGAAACUGCAAAGAAAGAUAAAGAUUUUAAAGGAAAGUCCCAGAAACAGGUCCACUUCAAUCCUGGACAGACUACGGCCACAUGGAGAGUGAGAAUUAUAUCUGACAAUAAAUACGAGGCUUCAGAGACCUUCCAGAUCAUUCUGUUGAACCCUGUCAUGGCUGCACUGGAGUUUCCGGAAAUGGCAACUGUUGAAAUUGUCGACCCUGGAGAUGAACCAACGGUUUAUAUUCCAGAGGCAGAAUACAAAAUAGAGGAGCAUGUUGGAGAGCUUUUGAUUCCAGUAAGACGGUCUGGAGAUGCUAGCCAAGAACUAACGGUCAUUUGCUCUACACAUGAAGGUUUUGCCACAGGCUCCAUUCCUUCAACAGCAUUAUCUUUCUCUGACUACAUCUCACGUCCAGAAGACCACACCAGCAUCCUCCACUUUGACAAGGAUGAGGCUGAGAAGAGCUGCCGGGUCUUGAUCAUCGAUGACUCCCUCUAUGAAGAGGAGGAAUCCUUUAGUGUUUCCCUGAGCCUGCCAGUGGGAGGGCGACUGGGAGCCCAGUUCCCCACCACCAGGGUGGUUAUCCUGGCUGAUCGUGGUGAUGAGCCUACCCUGAGCUUCGGGGGUGCCGAGUAUCAUGUCGAGGAAAGGGCUGGCUCCGUGGAGAUCUGUGUCUGGAGGACAGGCCCUGACCUUUCCCAAGUGUCGUCUGUCACUGUGCGCUCCAGGAAGACAGAGCCAGCAGCAGCAGAAGCUGGAAUAGAUUAUGUUGGCAUCAGCCGAAAUCUUGCCUUUGCUCCGGGAGUGCAUCUGCAGAUAUUCCAAGUGACGAUCCUUGAUGACCUGGGACAGCCCAUCUUGGAGGGCCCAGAGAGGUUUGAAUUAGUUCUCCAGAUGCCAGUGGGUGCAGUGCUUGGAGAACCACAUAAAACCACCAUUUUCAUCAAUGACGCCAUUGACUGUAAGCAGAGUGCUUGUAGUUCAUUUGACUGA